AUGAAAGACCCCAAACAAUCACAACCUCCAAUAGAGGAUCUAUCAGAGUUACGCAGUUAUUUUCUGUCACACAAUGUAGUUCGUGAAUACAUAGCUCAUAGUUCUAAAGUACAUUCUGUUGGUUGGUCUUGUGAUGGUAGGCGACUUGCAUCGGGCUCGUUUGAUAAGAGUGUUGCUAUAUUUAAUUUGGAAAGAAAUAGAUUGGUGCAAGAUUUUAUAUUCCGAGGACACACGGGCUCUGUAGAUCAACUGUGUUGGCAUGCUUCUCACUCUGAUCUGUUGAGCACAGCCAGUGGUGAUAAAUCUGUCAGAAUUUGGGAUACAAGAACACACAAAUGUGCAGCAACAAUAACAACCAAAGGAGAAAAUAUCAACAUUGCAUGGUCUCCUAAUGGCAGCACCAUAGCCGUUGGCAAUAAGGAGGAUCUGGUCUCAUUUAUAGAUACAAAGACUUACAAAGUGGUAGUAGAAGAACAAUUUAAUUUUGAAGUGAACGAGAUCUCAUGGAAUAACACUUCAGACUUGUUCUACUUAACAAAUGGUCUUGGAUGUGUGCAUAUACUAUCGUACCCAUCACUGGAACUCCAAACAGUAUUAAAAGCACACCCGGGCACAUGCAUCUGUAUUGAACACGACCCCACGGGCAGAUACAUCGCCACAGGGUCUGCUGACGCCCUAGUGUCAUUGUGGGAUGUCAAUGAGCUAGCCUGUCUCAGAGUGUUCUCUAGGUUAGAAUGGCCCGUUCGGACGCUAUCGUUCAGUUUCGACGGUCGUCUCCUCGCUUCCGCCAGCGAAGACCACAUAAUCGAUAUAGGCGACACUGAAACCGGUGAGAAAGUGGCGGAGAUACCAGUGCAAGCGUCGACGUUCACGGUGGCGUGGCACCCCUCGCGGUACCUCGUGGCCUUCGCGUGCGAGGACAAGGAACCGCCCGAGAGGAAGCGGGACGCCGGCAACUUGAAGCUGUGGGGGCUACCCUCCGACAAGUAG